GCAAAACAUCGUUUCUUUGACCAGCGACCCACCCUCUUCCUUUCGGAAUUGAGAGGGAAAAAUACAAACACACACACACUCUUUCUCUCUCUUAUUUCCAUUUAUUUAUGCCGUUACUCUUUUCUCACAUCAAGCUCUACUUGCAGAAACUUCACCUCCUUAAUUACUAAACUUCUGUGCUCUAAUUUCAUUGUUACUUAAUUAAACUCCGGCGAAAGGCGAAUUGGUACGUGCAAGUGGUAUGCUGUUGGGCUAAUUCAAGAAAACUGCAUAGAGAAUUGUGUUUAUAACGAGAAUUAGGACAGGUUUUUCUGAAUUAUGGAGUUUAAUUAGCCUUUUUGGUCUCAGUCAUAAGCUCUGAAUCUGUGAUAUAUAUAUAAUUACACAGGAAUCUCAAGAUCUAAUGGACUUAUUCAGUCAUAUGGGGUUGAAUAAAAAAUUAUUCACGGUUAUGCAUGGAAUAUAUCUAGUGUUGUUGGUGUUUAGUGGUUUGAGCUAUGGAAGUGAGAAUGAUGUGUCCUGUUUGAGGUCUAUAAAAGAAUCCCUGCAUGAUCCCAAUAAUAUAUUGAACUCCACCUGGAAUUUUAGCAAUGCUACACAAGGCUUCAUUUGUUCAUUCACCGGGAUAGAUUGCUGGGCUCCGAAUGAGUACAGGGUGUUAAACAUCCGACUGUCAAAUAUGGGAUUGAGAGGCAGAUUCCCUCUUGGAAUAUCUAACUGCAGCUCGUUGCAGCACUUAGACCUGUCCUCUAAUGAUCUUGAUGGAGCUAUUCCCGCUAAUAUCUCGUUCAUUAUACCAUAUGUGACCGUACUUGAUCUAUCUUCAAAUAGGUUCUCGGGUGAGAUACCAGUGAACCUUGCUAAUUGUAGCUAUCUCAAUUCUCUCCAACUUGACCACAACAGAUUCUCAGGGCAAAUUCCUCCACAACUUGGCCAGCUUUCCCGGCUUACAAGAUUUACCGUUGCCAAUAAUCUCUUGGUUGGGCCUAUCCCAAACUUUCGUAAUGUUACUAGUGAUGUUGAUUUUACCAACAACCCGGGACUCUGUGGGUUUUCACAGAGCCCUUGUCAGACAUCAUCAGGAAAGUCCAAAACCGGGGUUAUUGUUGCCGGUGCAGUAGCUGGUGUGACUGCUGGUGCCAUAGCUUUAGGCCUAGUUAUGUUCUUCCUUGGACGUAGAGUCUCAGUAAAGAAGAAAGAAGAAGAUGCUGAAGGAAACAAAUGGGCAAAGAGUCUCAAAGGGACCAAGAAAAUCAAGGUGUCCAUGUUUGGGGAGUCUAUUUCAAAAAUGCGAUUGAGUGAUCUCAUGAAGGCUACAGAUAACUUCAACAAACAAAAUAUUAUUGGUGAAGGAAGGAUGGGGACUAUAUAUAAAGCAAAACUGGAAGAUGGCAGUCUGUACAUGGUGAAGAGGUUGCAGGACACUCAACGUUCCCAAGAAGAAUUUAUAUCAGAAAUGGCUAUCCUUGGGAGUGUUAAAAAUCGAGACCUAGUUCCCCUCCUAGGUUUUUGUCUUGCUGGGAAGGAAAAAUUGUUGGUUUAUAAGUAUAUGCCGAAUGGCACACUUCAUGAUCAAUUGCAUCAGGGAGAAGAUGGUUGCUCUAUGGAUUGGACAACACGUCUUAGAAUCGCUAUUGCGGCAGCUAGAGGCUUAGCAUGGCUUCAUCAUAAUUGCAAUCCUCGCAUCCUUCAUCGGAACAUAAGUUCUAAGUGCAUCUUACUAGAUAUUGAUUUUGAGCCAAAAAUAUCUGAUUUUGGACUUGCAAGGCUCAUGAAUCCUAUUGAUACACAUUUGAGCACUGUCGUGAUUGGAGAGUUCGGGGAUUUGGGUUAUGUGGCACCUGAAUACUCAAGAACCUUGGUUGCUACCCCAAAGGGAGAUGUAUACAGUUUUGGAGUUGUCCUUCUCGAGUUGGUUACUGGAGAGAGGCCAACUCAGGUGACUAAAGCCCCCGAAAACUUCAAGGGUAACCUGGUGGAAUGGGUAACAGAACUCUCACAAAGCUCCAAACUAAAACAUGCCAUUGAUAAAUCAUUGCUUGGGAAGGGUGUGGAUAAUGAAGUCUUCCAAUUUCUCAAAGUAGCUCAUAAUUGCUUAUCCUCAAAUCCCAAGGAGAGGCCUUCAAUGUUUGAAGUUUACCAACUUCUAAGAGCAAUUGGCGAGAGGUAUCACUUCUCAACUGAUGUUGAAAUCAUGUUGCCUACGGAUAGUGGUGAUGCUGAUAACAUACGGGAGCUCAUUGUUGCUCAAGAAGAAGCAUAAUCCAGUCAGUGAAUAUUUCAUUUACAAGGUAUUAUUUCCAUUGACACCUAAACGUCGUAUAUGUUAUAAUUGUGUCAUUUCUUUAUCCCAUGGUCUGUUUUCUUUCAUAUGAUCGUGUAAAUGGUUCUUUUGUUUUUGGAAUAACUAUCAUGUAUAUAAUACAAACAGUCAGGUUGUCAA